UGUUCUCACGUCCUGAGCUCUGCCUCUCCCAGGAACACGUCAGCACAUUGUUUCCGAGGAUCCCAGGGAAAAGGUGCAUUGUUGUUGCGAACUUUUUAAUCUGGGGAUUUAAAGCACAUCGCAUGCUCAGACGAGGCAGCGGGGAGCUCCACCACCACAGCCAAACCACCGCUAAAUCCAUGUCGGGGAAGAAACCACUCAGCCUGAAAGGACAGACGACCUCUUAUAGGCAGUGCAAUGCCAGUGCACUUUGGGGGAAUUUAGGCUCGUUGGGGAACUGUGUUUAAAAAGUCCGAGCGGGAGAGGGAGAGGGAAAGUUGUUUUUGUUUGCUCUGGGGAAACCGGACCGACCGAGAUUUGGGAUAAAGAUGUCGCUUAAGUACAGCCAGCGUUCUCUAAUUGUUCUGUGUUUACUGGGGAUUCUGUCGGCCAUCAUGUCCGUUUUAUCGGUCAUUUUGAUUUUCCAGCUGCAGUCUUACCGGAGGGCGGUGGAGGGAAAGCCUCCUUCCACCUCCUCGAUCAUACCCGCUCAUGUCUGGGCCGUCCUGAUGCCAGUCUCCGCCGUGUUCUCUGCGCUGGCCCUCACUCUCAAUCUAAGCUCUGUGGUCGUGUGUCUCCUCCACAGUUAUACUUCAACAGAGGUCUGCAGAGGGGAGCAGGAUACGGAAAGAGCAGACUGGUUCCUUUUGGACAGCAGAGGUGUGCGACAUGUGGCUAUUGGACUGUUCUGUCUGGGGGUUUCAGUUUACUUAGCAGCCAUGGCCAUCUUUAUGCUCCUAACAUUUGACAUGGAGACAAGUAUCGCCAGUGCUUGUGUCCUCUCUUCAGGGAUCCUGAUCCUUUUGGUUGUUCUAAUACACUCUCUAGUCAAAGCUUCCAAUAGUGCUAUGCACUAUCGCAGUGAUCAUCUUGACACUCUCUACCGGAACAGCCACAGAAGCAGCAACAUCCCUGUCUCUCGACCUCAUGAGCUCAAAAUUGGCAUCGACAAACUGCAGAUGCACCAAAGCCCGUCUCACCUGCAACAUCAGAUCUCCUACUCUCAGAGACCACAAGAACAGUACCAGCCAGAACAGUACUUCCCUGUUGCAGAUGAUAAAGAUGUCUACAACAGUGGGAGCAGCUUCCCCAGAAUGCACAGGACCCUGUCAACUGAUUCUGGUUUGCUUCAGACCCAUACUAAACCCUGGAAUGGGGUCACCAAUGAGAUGAGGGUUGUCCUUGCACGCAAGUCAGCGAUUUCUGCAAAAGAUUCUACUCUUGUGUGACAUGAAAUAAGCCAUGCUUGUGGUUUAAGAAACUGAGGACCUCUAAGUGUCAAAAGAGGGCUGCAAACACAAGUCAUCUCAGAUGUAGAAAUGCCAGUUUGUAUUCUUUACUCUCAGCAUGUUUGUUCCGGCUGAAAGCAGACAACAUAAGAUGGAGACUGAAAAACUCAAGUUUUCUUGUUUAUCUAAUGGUUUCUCCUGAUGAGAUUAUAGAACAUUUUGAAUUUGAUGAAAAACAUAAGUGCAACUUUUGAAUAAUUAGCGUUCUGUAUGAAUGAACCUGAUUUAAAUCUCAUUAUACACACGAAUGUUGCCCAAGUAUCAGUGUGACCAUAUUUAUAGCCUUCACUGUAAUAAUGUACAUACUUUAUACUACUGUAUAUGGCAGCUUUUCGCACAAAUAUUUGUGCACAGCGUGCAGAUGUGUUUUGUUAUGUGUUCUUUAAAAUGAUUUCAUAUUAUCCUCAAUUCAUUCUGGAAACUAUAAAUCAAUUUAAAAGUAGAAUGAUUUUGGACACUUAAAGAUAUUAAAAUAAUGUUCACAAAAAUAUUAAAAGGUUGUUCAAAUACACAUUUCACUCAUUUCUAACAGACUGAUAAAAGACCUUAUGUCUUUAUACAGAAUACCUACACAGGUGGACAAAUUUGUUGGUACCCUUCCAUUCAAGAAAGAGAAACUCACAAUGGUCACUGAAAUAACGUGAAACUGACAAAAGUAAGUAAA